GCCAUCCCCGGCGACUCGGGCGGGUGGAGCGAGGAGGCGCAGCCGCGCCGCGGGCAGGGCGCGCGGAGACGGUUCCGGGCUGUGCUGGGGGCCGGCGCGCCCUCCCGCUUGUCCCAUCGGCAUGUCGCUGGGGCAGCGCCUGGCACGGCUGGCCGGCUGGCUGCAGGAGCCGCAGAAGGUGGCCCGCUUCCAGCGUCUGUGCGGCGUGCGGGCGCUGCCGCCCCGCGAGGCUGAGGCGGCCGAGGCGCCCCCGGCAGGAGCCCCCCGGCGCCAGGGCACGAGCGCGCGGCCCAAGUCCGGGGACGGCGGCGGCGCCCUCAGCCUUAACGGCGUGCGCCCGGGGCCGGCGGCCGAGCGGGGCCCGCGCCGCAACUCGCUGACGGGCGAAGAGGGCGAGCCGGCGCUCGUGAGCAACUGGCCACUCUACUACCUGUUCAGCCUGGGCACCGAGCUGGGCAACGAGCUCUUCUACAUCCUCUUCUUCCCCUUCUGGAUCUGGAACCUAGACGCCUUGGUGGGCCGCAGGCUGGUGAUCGUCUGGGUGAUGGUCAUGUACCUGGGCCAGUGCACCAAGGACGUGAUCCGCUGGCCGCGGCCCGCCUCGCCGCCUGUGGUCAAGCUGGAGGUGCUGUACAACUCUGAGUACGGCCUGCCGUCCACCCACGCCAUGUCUGGCACAGCCAUCCCCAUCACGCUGGUCUUGCUCACCUAUGGCCGCUGGCAGUACCCUCUGGUGUACGGCCUGGUGCUCAUCCCCUGCUGGAGCUCGCUGGUGUGCCUGAGCAGGAUGUACAUGGGCAUGCACUCCCUGCUGGACAUUAUUGCUGGCUUCCUGUACACCAUUUUGAUCCUGGCUGUCUUCUAUCCAUUUGUGGACCUGAUUGACAACUUCAACCAAACUCACAGAUACGCCCCGCUGAUCAUCAUCGGGCUGCACCUGGCCCUGGGCAUCUUUUCUUUCACGCUGGACACCUGGAGCACGUCGCGAGGAGACACAGCUGAGAUUCUGGGGAGCGGGGCUGGCAUCGCGUGUGGGUCUCACGUCACGCACAGCAUGGGUCUGUUGGUGGAUCCUGCUCCGGACAUGUUGCCUUUGCCUACACCUGCCAUCACGCUGACUGUCCUUGCCAAAGCCACGGUGCGGGUCCUCAUCGGGAUGGGCGUUGUUCUAAUAGUUAGAAAUAUAAUGAAAAAGAUCACCAUCCCGUUAGCCUGUAAGAUCUUUAAAAUACCAUGUGACGAUAUUCGAAGAGCAAGACAGCACAUGGAAGUGGAGCUUCCUCAUCGCUACGUGACCUACGGGAUGGUCGGUUUCUGCAUCACAUUUUUGGUUCCCUACAUAUUUUUCUUUAUUGGCAUCUCUUGAUGGUGAGAUAUUGUUUAUAAUAAGAAAGGAGAGAACCAGUUACUGACAUCUAAAAAUAUACUGUACGUAAAAGGUCUGAGUUAGGCUUUGGCAAGAAUUUAUCUUAAAUAAUUGUUUAAGUAAAUUCUUAAGAGUCAGUGCAGGUGCACUUUAUCAUUGCACAGGAAGCUAUUUUAGGUGAGCUGAUCUCACUGAGAAAAUGCAAAGUUUCCAUUUAGAAUGUCCAUGUGUUUGGAGAGUUUUGUGCUUUUAUGGACUCAAGAUAUAUAUAUAUAUAUAUAUAUAUAUAUACAUAUAUAUAUAUUAUGGUACGUAAUAUGCAAUCAUAUCUAAUAUAUGUUAUAUAUAAUAUAAUAUACCUAAGUUUUUUAAACAGUGGGGUGCGUAUUAUAAAAUCAAGAAUAAUAUGCAAACAAUUGUGCCUGUGUAUUUGGGAUUCAUACAGGUAUGUUGUUACUGAAUAAUGUUUAACCUUGACUUACUAUGGGAGCCAUUUCCUACCUGAAUUGCAUAAUUCCUAGGCCAGAAUUCACAGGCCACAACACGCUGACCGACUGCCUCUUCACACUGCCUCCGUCCUUCCUGUGACCCAGGAUGCUGACCAUGGGGAGCAUUUUUAACGGACCAAACUUUCAGAAAAAUUUGGUUUUGGAUUCCUUAUUUUUUUAAGUUCUGUACACUGUGUUGAAUGUACUUUCUUUGCAACUGUUUUGAGCAUCAGUUUAAUAAAUCAGGUACUCAAUUUUAUUGCUUGCUAAUUGUGCCUUUCUGUUGCUGACUUAAGAAAUGCCAUGUAUACUGUGAUACAAAAGUAAGACUCCAAGUUGCAGAUAACUCGGCAAAUAUUUUAAGAUAGAUGUCAAACUAACAGGGAUCGAAGUAAACCACCAGUUCGUAACUCUUCAGUCUUUCUUUAGAAAGAAAUUGAAAUGGGCUGAAAUUUCUCACUGAUUUAUCGGAAGCUAAAAAGAUAACUAUUUCCAAUUUUGUAGGUAUUUUUCUGUGUGCUGUAAGUUAAAGGAAUAAGAUGUAUUUUUUGUACACUGUCUUGAUCGUUUCUACUGCAGGUAGCUGUUUCCAUUGCACGGAGCCGUAGUUGAAGUUUGUAAAAGGACAAGGCACAGGCUUUAUAUGUAAAAAACUGUUUUUCUAAAUUACUUGAAAAGGAUCGAAUUUCCCACAAUUAACUUUUAUUACCUACUUAUUAGCUAUAAAAAAUAAACUGUAAAAAAGUCUAAAAUUAAUAGGUAUUAGUAGUUUAGAUCCUUUUUCCAGCUUUUUAUUAUUUUCACAGUGGAAAAUUUGAGUAUAGUGUAUAUAGUAUUAAACUAUUCUUUUUUUCUGUGUGUGCCUUUGUAUUUUGAAGUGUGAUUGUAAUUGCUUUAACAUUGUUUAUUUUUAGUAAGAUUUUCAUAAAGAAGAAAAUUGCCAGGUGUGGUAGCACACAGUUGUAAUCCCAGCACUCAGGAGGCUGAGGCAGGAGGGUCGCCAUGAGUCAGCCUGGGCUAUUAAUUCAAGGCCAGCCUGAAUUGCUAAACUGCAUAGUGAGACCUUGUCUUGAUUUAGAAAAAGAAGCAAAAGCAAAUUUACUUUCCAUAUAAAUGAACAUCAGGUAUGGGAUUACUGAUUUUAGUGCAAUAUUUAUAUGGCUAUCCAGAAGUGUCAAUUAAGAUGUUUCUAUUUUGGACAGCAUAGCUAUUUAAGCUCAUAUUUUUAUAAUUCUGGUUGAGAAUUUAAGAGCAUGGUAAUUUUUUUUUUUUUUUACCAAAACUGAAUCUAAUAAUUUAAGUAAAGUAACUGAAUUUAGGCUGUUUAUCUAUUAGUCGGAAAGAAACCAGGGCACCUAGAAACCUAUCAGUACACUGGAAAAUGUGAGAACAACCUUUCGUUAAAAAAGUGUAGUUAAUUGAAUUUUUCCAAAAUUUGGUGUGUGGUAGCCUAUUGAUUUUUAUGUGUAGUUUAAAAAGUAUUUGAAAAUGCUGUUUUUGUGUUUUGUUAUUUCCUGUCCUGUGAUAGUUCUAUGCUAAAUGGAUUUUAAAAUAAAAGUCAAAUUCAAGAUGGAA